GCCAUUCCAACUGUCACUCUCUUGAGCUGAAAGGUUCAAACUUGAGUGCGGUGGGAACGUGCGUAUCGUCCUAUCCAGAGUGGUCCGCGAUGGGAAAUCUCAACUGCUGUCCAGCAGGAUCUUGUCUAAAGAGUUUUAGACGAAAAGGAAGUCGGAGGUCAAGAACAUCGACUGUCCAUUCUGCACUGAAGGUCAGAAAAAUCUUUGUCUUGCCAAAGAACAGGAUACCCCCAACAAAGGAAUCAGUUGAAGCUGCUCCUGAGGACCUGGUGGAAGCGAUUCCGAGAGACAGAGCAGAGGAGGAAGUCACAUCUCUUGGCAAGGUGGACUCAGGAUCCAGUGGACACUUGCCCCUGGAGGAUGCAUGGGAGGAGCUUCCUGGUGACACGGAGGAUAAAGAAACUCCAGAGUACACUGAGGUGAUUUCAAUACGAACAGCAAGUGAUUGGGUCUUGCAGAGCGUUUCUGACUAUAACAGUGAGGAUGAAGCCUCUUCAGGCUAUGUGGCAGCAUCGGAACAUUCCCUCGGGAGCAGCGAUCUGGGACUGUCCACAUGUUCCCUGGAUGCGAACUAUCCCCAAAGUCUUCAGGACAUGGAGGACCUCAAUGAAGAUCAGGAAUUGGAAGCCAACAAACUGGAGCCCAGAGGUGGAGAGGCUGCCGUGGAGCCUGACCUGGAGAGUGGAGAGGAAUGGCUAUUCAGGAUCCACGCAGACAUCUUCAGCUGCUCGGAAGUCUGCAGUGUGGAGUCCUUGGACCCAGAGGAGCUGGAGCUUCCCACACCAUCGGAAGCUUGAACCACACAGGAGGAGACACAACAGCAGCCACGGCCCUCCUCACCAGUCCUCUGCGAGCUUUAUAUUAAAUUCUUUCACCUAGUACUAGUUGAUCUUUACAUGCUUUUCUGUAAAAUAAAUACAUCAUAAGAAAACACCUUUAGCAAAGGCAGAACUUAAAAUGAUCAGAGAGCAGUCACCCUAGGGAGUACCACCAUCAUCACUCCCUCGAGAGGAAUCUCAUUUGGUCUUCACUGAACAAAGUCACUGCCAGGUUGGCUGUUAAAAUCUGUCCUUACAGUAAUGACUUUCUAGGGUUUUUGUCUCAUGUCUGUUCCUUCCUCUGGAAGGGAUCAUGGGGUUCAUCUCACCCAAGAUCUCUCACAAAGACUUGGAUGCCAAUGUUAUUUUUCACCUAAUGGCAGCUUGGAUGGCACAAAGUUCUUGGCUCUUCUUGAGCAUCUUAAAUAUUGUCUUCUUUUUCCUCCCAACCCAGACCAGCUGGAUCAUUUUCAUUCCCUUCUAUGUUACUCAUCCCUGUAUUCUAGAUCUCUGAAUAUUUUUCAUAUAAUUCCCAGAUUUUACUAAACUAUAAAUGGCUUCACUCACUCAAAGUAUGACCCAGUUUUCUGUGAAGGAGGAGUUUGAGAGCAUAUUGUCAUUUCCGGAAACAGUCUGAAUUAUAAUUAUUAGCUUUAGAUCACUGCAUUGGUUUUUCCUCUUCCAGCAAUCUCAUUCAUACACAUGCAGGUAUUCAACUUCUGGUAUUCCUCUCUCAUCUUCUGAAAUCUUUGGUCAAGCUCCUAUUCUGUAUAUUUCCUCUCUCACCUUCUGUUUCCUGAAAGGCACAGAUCUGUUUGUGUUUCUUCUGGUUUGCAUUUCACGGGUGAUGUUAGUUUUUCCUGUUUUCCUCCUUCUUUCCUGAGUCUGCCCAUUCAUUUCUGAGCUUCCCUGAUUCUUAGUAUCAUGUCCUUCCAUGCUUGGUAUCAUUGUCUCAACCAUGUCUCCCUCAUCCUGAAAACUACCCCGCCGAGAACACAAAUUACACAAAGAUGGAAGUGUUUUCAUGUAUCAGAGAGUACUUUCUCUCUCUUUAUUACUGAUUCCUCCCUCUAGUACUUUUAUAUGGGGAUGGGCAUAUUGCCACCAAGAUUCUGGUUUUGUUCCUUUUAAUAGAAAA